AUGUCCCCGGAUUCACCCAACUCCUCGUUCGAUUGGAUCUCUGAUUCUGAUGACGAUCAGAGUUUCCACUCGGAAUCAAUUGCUGCUCCGGAAGUCUCGGCUCCACAACCUUGCGCGCCAGUUGUUCGAACUGAGAAACCAUCGGAUGUCGAAAUCGCAAUCUUCUGUGCCUUCGUCUUUGUUUUGAGCUUUGCAUUUGCAUCGGCUCUGAUGGGAUCUGGAUCAAACGGAGUCAAAACCAAUUUGACCGGACUGCCACCAAUCGAUUACGACUUCAACCCCAUCCAAUUUGAAAUGGAAUUCGAGAAAAGAAAAUUGGAGCAGUUUUCGGAUGUUGUUGCUCGGGACGCGGAAAUGAGAAGAGCUGAAAAAAUAGUGGAUUCAAGAAGUUGGACGCGUUUGGACGAAAUUCCGGAAGUCUUGUUGGACAAGUUCACUCCACACUCCCAUAGAUUCGAAGGAGUUCAAGAGUUUCUGGAGAAAACGGGAUUGAAUGGGACCGCCAUCGAAGAAGCGAUUUACUUCCACAAAUUGAAACUCGUGUGGAACAAGAAGAACGGUUGCUUCAACCCGAAAUGGCAUCCGUUGAACGCCCACGUUUUUGCGAGAUUCAUGGUUGGCGCUGAAGCGAGAUUCCAUGAAAGCUGGCGAAUUGAGCUUGGAUACUUCCAUUAUCACUUCCAAAUGGACACAGAGAAGGAGACAUUGGGAGUAAAGUUAGUGUAUUACUUCCCGAUUGAAGAUUUGGUUAAUGUUUAA